GUGGUGGGACAGCGGUCUUUACAACGGUUGCUCCGUUACAUUACGAGUCAAAAUAUAGCGGUGAGAGGUUCGUCAGAUUCGAUAUUUAAAUAUAAUUCUCAACUAAUUUCGAUCUAAAAAGUCUGAUUUAGUUAUAAGUGUUUAAGAUUGUGUAAAAAGUUAAAAUUUGUGAUUAAUUUCUUAAGAUUAAUCGAGCAUAGAGAACUUAUUCAAGCUAAGUGACGUUCAUAAAGGAAUUCCCAAACGAAUACGGCUCAAGAAAUGGAUUUAAACAAAUCAUUAAAUGAAUUUUGUUAUUAUUUUACAAGAUAUUUUGAGGAACAAAUCAGGUAUUGGAGGCACAUUCUAGAAGAAAAUCCCGAUUUAAAAAAGAAAUCAAACAGUAAACCAAUAUCGUUCUUAGCAAGCUUAUCAUCGGCUAUACCAACAGUGGGAAAAGGAAUUGGAAGUGGAAUAACCGAAGGAGAAAAGUACAUAAACAACCUAAUUGAUAAAGAUAAAGCGUCCUCUGUGAGUACAAUAGCGUACGCAAGUAACGAUAAUAAGGAUUUAUUUAGAAAUAAGCUCAUUGCGGGCGCUUUGGAAUUUUUUAUACACUUUGAAUAUCAAUUCACAAAAGUUAAGUGUAAAAAUGGUGGUAUAACUCGAGCAAUGCAAAAAUUAGGACAAGAUUGCUCCAACCGAUUAUUUACAUAUCUCUUAAACGAAGAAUCUGGCGCUGAGUUAACAUCUGAAUUGAUUCAAAAAGGUAUCUUAUACGGGGACUCCAAACGCCACAAAACAAAACUUCUUAAAUUGGGCAGAACCAUCUAUGUAGAUGAGAACUCAAAAUUAACAACAUCGGAUUUUAUUACAAACUGCGGAAUUAGAAUGAAACAUGAUGAUGUCUUCACUUAUUAUAAAACUAAAGCGUCGAUUCCAGUUCUAGGUCAUAGAACAUGUUUUCAUUUUGAAACUUCUUUAGAUAACUACGAAAUUGAAAGUCCUAAAUAUUUUUAUAAUUACAUUUUAACGGAAUUAAACACACAACAACUUUUAAAAACUAUAUUUUCAUAUAUAUCCAAAAAAGAUCCGUUGGAAGACAUCAAAGAAUUCGCAAAGUUUAAUUACGAAGAACAAGUGAAGUUAUUGGAAGCUGCAAGCGAAGAAAGACAUCGAAUUCGCGAAGAAAUACUCGGUGACAAUGCAACGAAACACGUUGAAGUCAAAGAAACCAUCGAAUCUAGUCAAAUAACGAUUAUUAAUCGAAUAGAAAAUGUUAUAGCUGAAAAUACAUGCUUGAUUUUAUCUCAAACUGAUAAAGUGUUGCAAAAAAAUGAGGAACUGUCGAGAGAUGUCGCCGAUAUUAAAUCCAAACAAGACCAAUUAGAAACGAAUCCUAUAAUUUCUGUUGAUUUAAAUAAAAUUAAAGAACAAACGACGAGGUUAAAAGAAAAUAUUGAAAGAGAAGGGAAAAAAGCUGAGCAAGAAAUUCGAAGGUUUAAAGAUAGAAUUGGAAAAAUAAGGCUUUAAUUUAAUCAUUUUAAUGGAUUAAACGCAAGGGAUUAAGAGAAAAUUGAAUAAAUGAAUAAGAUUUUAUUAAAAGUUUAUAUAGACUAUCAUAAAACUUUUCCAUUAUUCGAAUCAUCACUUUUUAAAUUUGAAACUGUAGAAACUGUACGAAGUUAACGCUAUUCGUUAAAAAAUAAAAAUAAUUUUAAGGUA